GGUAAAUAAAAAGCACAAACAGGAACUUGCUGUCAGUUCUCGCCAUUUCAGAAAAAGCCCCACCAGAAAUGAUCAUUUAAUUACAAUUUCCUCUCUAAUACCGCUGUCGUUUCGGGUGUAACUCUGGAGGAAGCCGUUGUGUUGUUGGAGAUCUAUUUGGUGGUGAUGAUUAUUUCAUUCUCCUGGGCGGUGUACUUUAUCUUCGUCUCUAAGCCCGUUCUGGGCAAAAGUUAGAGAAGAAAAAAAACAAAGACACCAUGGAUUUCUCAAAAUUCCUUGACGACGACUUCGAGGUGAAAGACUGGGUGAACGGUGCCUUCCGUGUGGCGCAGAAGGAGGCGCCGGGGAAGGCAGAUGCACACGCCGCUACCCUGGUGAUGAAGCUGCAGCUCUUCAUCCAGGAGGUCAACAAUGCUAUCGAAGAGAGCAGUAUCCAGGCGCUGCAGAACAUGCCCAGGGUUCUCAGGGACGUGGAGGCUCUGAAGCAGGAGGCUUCGUUCCUCAAGGAGCAGAUGGUUCUGGUGAAGGAGGACAUCCGCAAGUUUGAGCAGGACACGGUGCAGUCCAUGCAGGUGCUGGUGGCUAUCGACCAGGUGAAGAGCCGCAUGCAGCUCUCUGCUGAGGCGCUGCAGGAGGCCGACAAGUGGAGCACGCUCAGUGCUGACAUCGAGGAGACCUUCAAGACACAGGACUUUGCGGUGAUCUCGUCCAAGCUGACCAGCAUGCAGGGCAGUCUGGCCAUGCUGGUGGACACCCCAGACUACUCUGAUAAGUGUGUCCACCUGGAGGCUCUGAAGAACCGGCUGGAAGCUCUGGCCAGCACUCAGAUCGUCUCCACCUUCAACUCCAUGGCUACGGACCAAGCCAAGCUGUUUGUUAAAGUCUUCUCGGAGAUGGACCGCAUGCCCCAGCUGCUGGCCUACUACUACAAGUGUCACAAGGGUCAGCUGUUGUCCUCCUGGGUGGAGCUGUCCCAGAGCGAGCUGACGGUGAACCAGCAGCUCUCAGAGUUCUACGACAACCUGCUGUCUGCCUGGCACGCACAGAUCCACUGGACCAGCCAGGUGUUCAAGAAGCCCUACGAGGUGGUGACGGUGCUGCUGAUCCAGACCCUGGGCAACAUGGUGCCCUCGGUGCCCGUGUGCGUCAGCUCGGCCCUGGAGCGCUGUGACCCGGAGGGGAGGCUGGAGGCCCUGCUGGAGCUGCACCACACCACCUCCACCUUCACCCACAGCCUGGAGGCCGCCACGCUGCCGCACCUCGGAGAGGCCAACCCUAUGAAGCUGUGUGAGCUGGUGUGUGUUCUUCUGGAGCCCUACAAAUCUUACCAGCUGCAGUACGGAGAGCUGGAAGAGGUCAACCUGCUGAUCCAGAUCAGUGCUGUACCCCUGGAACAUGGUGAGGUCAUGGACUGUGUGCAGGAGCUCAGCCAAUCGGUGGCCAAGCUGUUCUCUCUGGCGGGAGGAGCCGUGGAGCGAUGCGUGCGCCUUUCCGACGGCCUCGCCGUGCGAGGGCUACUGCACGCGCUCAAAGCUCUCUUUACCAAGUACGUGUCCGACUUUUCGACCACCCUGCAGUCUAUCAGGAGGAAGUGCAAACUGGAGGAAAUGCCCACUUCCUCUGUCUUCCAGGAGGAUUGGACGGCCUUCCAGAAUUCUGUCAGGAUCAUCGCGACCUGUGGAGAGCUACUGAGACAGUUCGGGGCCUUCGAACAGCAGCUGUCCAACAAGAUCCUUGGAACGGCGGGAAAGUACCUGUCAGAGUCCUACAGCCCGCGUAGCCUGCCUGCCAUUCAGGAAGUGAGUUCGUCGGACAGGAAGUGUCCAUCGGGCCGCAGCCCCUGGCAGGAGUACAACUACCUUCAGAAAGGAAACACGGCAGAGUACAACGGUGUGAUGGAGCUGCUGUACUCCCUGAAGGAGAAGGCCACGGGGGCAUCCAGUCUGCUGGCGGAGCCGCGAGCCGCCCUGACGCGGCUGAACCAGCAGGCCAACCGGCUGGCCUUCGACUCGGUCUUCCUGCAGAUCAAACACCAGAUCCACCAGCUGCACCGCCUGGAGAGUGGGGACGUUGGUCCAGGAGACCGCUACACAGACGACCUCCCCACGUUCAGUCUGUCCCCGCAGGAAUACAUCAGCAACAUCGGUCAGUACAUCAUGUCUCUACCGCUACACCUGGAGCCCUUUGUGACGCAGGAAGACCCAGCGCUGGAGCUCGCACUGCAUGCUGGGAAACUCCCCUUCCCUCCUGAGCAGGGAGACGAUCUUCCCGAGCUCGACAACACGGCUGACUAUUGGCUGGGCUCCAUUGCCCGGGCGACCAUGCAGACGUACUGUGACGCCAUCCUCCAGGUCCCCCACCUGCAACCCCGCGCCACCAAGCAGAUGAUCACCGACAUCGAGUACCUGAGCAAUGUGAUGGAUGCCCUGGGUCUCCAGCCCUCCCGCUCCCUGCAGAACAUCCUGGCCCUGCUCAGGUCUCGACCAGAGGACUACAGGCAGACCGCUAAACCCCUGCCCCGCCGCAUGGCCUCCACAAUCGCCGCCAUCCGGGGGCUCGACUACUGAGCCCUGCCCAGCCAGAGACUUCUCGCCUGGGGGACAGCAAAGUUAUGGACUGAGGGGAUGGAUGGGAGUCAGCAGUGUUUCCAAAAUAAUGCAAGCCAUUUCCGUGUUUUUUUAAUAAUCUUUUUUUUUGUUGUGUGUUCCAUGAGGUGGAGGGUGGGGUGGUUGGGGACAUUGUUGUUCCGAAGUUGUAUCGUUGGACUUCGUAACGUCCUGUUGGGAAGUAGACUGUAAUAUAUUUUUCACUCUCAUAUGAAAUUCAUCUGUCAUUUUAAAUAAAUUAGCGGGCAAUUCCCAAAAACUA